AGUCUGACGGCGCUGCGUCACGUGACCUCGUCCUCCAGCACCAGUUGUUAUCACGCUGAUGCCGUUUGACACAGAAGCGCCGUGUUGGCCGGUUAUCAAAAUCUCCACACCUCGGCAAACAAAGCAGCACAGGUUGCUGCAGAGGUUGCCAGAAAGGACACACAACCUGUCCUCAGUUUCCUGCUGGUUCAGGCCUGACACGGUGGCACCAUGGCUGACCACGAAGAAUCUGAGAAGAUGAAUGGUCACCCUUCCAGUCUCAUAGAGCCGCCCAAAGAGAGCAUGCAGCUUAAAAAGGAGAUCUCACUGCUGAAUGGAGUCAGCCUGAUUGUAGGAAACAUGAUUGGCUCUGGCAUCUUCGUCUCCCCGAAGGGUGUGCUUAUCAACAGCUCCUCUUAUGGGCUGUCACUAGUCAUCUGGGCCAUUGGGGGGCUGUUCUCAGUGGUGGGGGCCCUUUGCUAUGCAGAGCUGGGAACCACAAUCACAAAAUCAGGGGCAUCUUAUGCAUAUAUCUUGGAGUCAUUUGGUGGCUUCAUUGCAUUCAUUCGUCUGUGGACAUCUUUGUUGAUCAUUGAGCCCACCAGCCAAGCGGUCAUAGCCAUUACAUUUGCAAACUACUUGGUGCAGCCGCUCUUUCCAACAUGUGAACCACCAUAUGUAGCAGCCAGACUCAUCGCUGCAGCGUGUAUAUGUUUGCUGACAUUUAUCAACUCUGCCUAUGUAAAGUGGGGAACUCGAGUGCAGGACAUUUUCACCUAUGCAAAGGUGGCAGCCCUCAUUGUCAUCAUGGUCACUGGAAUCGUGAAGCUGAGCCAGGGCUACACAACCAACUUCGAAUCAUCCUUUCAUGGGUCGUCAACAGAUCCUGGUCACAUUGCGCUGGCGCUGUACUCUGCUCUCUUCUCUUACUCUGGCUGGGACACCCUCAACUUUGUAACUGAGGAGAUCAAAAACCCUGAAAGAAACUUGCCCCUGGCCAUCGCCAUCUCCAUGCCCAUAGUCACCGUCAUCUACAUCCUCACCAAUGUGGCCUACUAUGCUGUUCUGGAUGUUAGCGCGAUACUGGCCAGUGAUGCAGUGGCAGUGACUUUCGCAGAUCACACUCUUGGUGUAAUGAGCUGGACUAUCUCCAUUGCUGUAGCUUUGUCCUGCUAUGGAGGCCUCAACUCCUCUAUUAUAACUGCAUCCAGGUUGUUUUUUGUGGGCUCUCGUGAGGGUCACCUUCCAGACGCUCUGUCCAUGAUCCAUAUACAGAGAUUCACUCCGAUCCCAGCUCUGAUCUUCAACUGUGUCAUGUCACUCAUCUACCUGACAGUGAAGGAUGUCUUCCAGCUCAUUAACUACUACAGCUUUAGCUACUGGUUCUUCAUGGGACUGUCCAUUGCUGGCCAGAUCUACCUCCGUGUUAAGGAGCCUGACAGACCCAGACCCCUUAAGCUGACGUUGCUGUAUCCGGUGGUGUUCUGUCUGUGUGCCGUUUUCCUGGUGGCAGUUCCUCUCUACAGUGACACUGUCAACUCUCUGAUCGGCAUUGCCAUCGCCCUGUCAGGCGUUCCGGUGUACUUCCUGGGUGUUUACCUGCCAGAGUCCAAACGACCACCUGUCAUCACCAAGCUGCUGCGUUGUCUGACUCAUUUCACCCAGUACACCUGCUACUCUGUACUGACAGAGAUGGACAAAAGCCAGUAGCAUCUAUCACAUUUGAAAACGUCCACCUCCAGUCGCCAAACGAGGGAUUCUGCUGGGAAAAAAAGGGAUUUAAGACUCUUGUACUGUGCUGUCCACUACACUGAAUCUGUCAGACUUCACUGACGUGUUCAUAGCACUGCCACAGAUGCACAUGCUAAUGUACGAAUUUAUCUUGGACAUAAAGGAUUUUCACACUACAUAUUGUGGACACUGUUACAUGACUUUAUUUAAUGACCUCUGUGGUAAAUCCUGCACCUUGUUAGUUUAACAGAUGGUCUGUUCUAUACGCCUUUUAAAUAGUGUAUGCCUGUGAGAUUUUACAGGUUCUGUGAUCACAGGGACCUGAUAACAAUGCAAGUCAAUUUUAUAAAAAUGGAUUUUAAACCAUUGUAACCAACAGAUGUUGUGUUAUAUGAAUGCUCAGUCAUACCUGAGAUUAUAGUCAUGUUCUCGACCAGAACGAAAAGAAAACUUCUGCUGCUAUGUGAAGACGCUGGCUCAAUAUUCUACUCAUUGCCUUUAUGUGGUGUUGGUCCCAGUUUCUUGUAGUUUAGUGUUUCUUGUUGUUUGCAUUUCAACAUUUGUUGCCGUUUUUUUAUUGGGUGUAUUUAAUUGUGAAUGGCUCAAGUCUCUGCAGGGAAUUUUUACUGUUCCUUUUCUUUGUUUGCUGUUUAGCAUAAAACUGAUGUGCAUUAUUUCUA